AUGUUGGUGUCGUGGUGGCUAAAUGUUGUGUUUGAAGGUAGAGGCCCGAAAUCGAGUGGUGCAUCUGUUGAUGACAAGCAAGCAAAUGCAUUAACUAUGUAUAAGAAUGACGACCCAUUACACAGGACUUUCCAGUACAUACAUUGCUGGAAAAUACUGAAAGACCAUUCGAAGUGGACGAAUAGGCGCCAGCCAACUGGACCUCAGAAACCGUUAAGCAAAAAGCAAAAGACCGCUGCUGAUUCAACUCCUGCUAUUGAUGCACCAGACCACAUCCACUGGCCUACAGGGACUAAGAAGGAAAAGCUGAAAUUAAAGCAACGUUCAAGCAUUGAAGCUUUUGAUUAUUUAUUGGCAAAGAAGAAAGAGGUGGAUGCUGAGAAGGAGUUGAAGAAAAAGGAGAGGGAGUUGAAGAAAGAGGAGAGGGAGUUGAAGAAACAAGAGAUGUGCCAAAAAGCCCUUGCCUUGCAGGAAGAAAGGAUAAAACUUGACAAAAAAAAAUUUGAUUUUGAGCGGGAUCGAGAAGAAGAAAGAAUUAUAAAUAUUGAUAUGAGCACCAUGUCAACCAGACAACAACAGUUCUACGAUGAUCAACAGAAGAAAAUACUUGCAAGACGGCUUGGAAAUUAG